CGAUGUUCUUGUCGAUAACGCCGGUUGGAGCCUCAGUAGAAGAGCUACGCAGUCAGGGCAAAUUUUUGGAAAGGUGGCCACUGGCCAGUGGAAUGAUGCAUUCCCACAAAGAGCACGUCGCAGUAGAAAGUGCUACAUGGCGAGAAGGUUUCUAAGUUUGCUAACAUGGCUCCUCCACGGGGAAGGAAGACAUCGCAAGGGCGAAGGAAAAUCGAAAUGAAAGUGGUAGAAGAUGAAAAUGCCCGGAUAGUCACUUUCUCUAAACGGCGUGCGAACCUCUUCAAGAAAGCCUUAGAACUUUCUGUGGUGUGUGGGGCUCAAAUCGCCCUUAUAAUUUUCUCUAUGGGGGGACGAGCCCAUUCAUACGGCCAUCCUAACAUAAGAUCUGUUGUUGAUCGUGUUUUUAACAGAAAUCCGAUGCCAAACUUGCCAGAUUCUGGUUCUGGCUCCGGCUCCGGCUCCGGCUCUGGCUCUGGUUCUGGUUCUGGCUUCGGCUGUGGUUCUGUUUCUGGCCCCGGUUCUGGUUCUGGUUCUGGUUCUGGUUCUGGUUCUGGCUCUGGCUCUGGCUCUGGCUCCGGCUCCGGUUCUGGUUCUGGCUCCGGUUCCGGUUCUGGUUCUGGCUCCGGUUCCGGUUCCGGUUCUGGUUCUGGUUCUGGCUCUGGCUCUGGCUCUGGCUCUGGCUCUGGCUCUGGCUCUGGUUCUGGUUCUGGCUCUGGCUCUGGCUCUGGCUCUGGCUCUGGCUCUGGUUCUGCACCUGAACCUGAACCUGCACCUGAUCAUGCUCCUGCUCUUGCACCCGCUCCUACUCCAUCAAAUCAUACGCCUGAGACUCAACAUCUAAUAUAUCAGUACGGCCGAACAAUUGCAGAUCUGGAAGUACAAAAGAAAAAAUCGAAAGAUAUUGAAGCAGCUUUGGAAAACUCAGGGUUUGAUGUUACCGAAGAGGGCAUCAACAUGCUCGACAUUCACCAGCUCAAGUAUCUAAAAGCUAAGAUGGAGAAACUCAGAAAAAAUCUGCGCUGCUGUGCCAAUCUACCUCAGAUAACCUCUGCUGAGCCAUCAUUCACGUUAGACGAUGGAGCUGGGCCAUCAAAUACAAAAGCUGUUCCAGACACAGGUGAGAAUGAUGGGAUUGAUCCAUCUCAAAAUUCUUCUGCCUGGCUGAGGCUGGAGAUGCCGACUGUCGACAAGCAAGGUAGCGAGAGCAGGGACAAAUCGAAUGGUUUUCCCGCUCUUUGGUCAAAAUCGAAGAAUAAUAUUGAUCUCUCAAAGGUGAGGGGGGAUGUAGAUGAUCCUUUUCCAAUCCCACCUGAUUGGUUGGCUCUGUGAUUUAUUGGUGGAUUUGCUGGUGUCUGAAUAAUUUGGAGUUGGCUGGUUUUUUUAGUAUGCUUUUUACAAAGACAAUUAAUAAUGUUAGUGUUGAGUUUAUGCUCUACAGAUUCAAAAUUAUGUGAUGAGUCUGUGUCUUGUGUUUCCAUUUGGUUUAUCAUUUGCUGGACCAGAGUCAUUUUCAUUUAUAAAAUAAUAUUUUAAUUAU